GAAAAGAGGGAAGGCACACAUGAGUGAGGCUGCGGGGAGGCCUGAACUAGAGUGCAAGCUCUGGGGCGACAGGUUUGGUGGGCGGUAGGGGCGGACGCUGUUGACAAACACGGUACGUUGCCGGGCGGCCCUAGCUCCCGCAGGCCCGGUCUGUUGCUAACAUCAAGGGGCUGUUUAUGGAACCGCCUCCCCGUGGACCGGUCUCCAGUGUCCCUAUCUACUCUCCCUAGAACCAAGCUUCUGGGGCCUUCCCUCCAGGGUUGUCACCCUAGCUGGGCGUACGAAGCUUGUGCUGGGGAACGCUAACUCCCCGGCGCUCGCCGCAGCGGCCCUAGGGAGGGCAGUGCCGGGUACGGCCGCUCACUUCCAGCUCGGCGCGGACGCGGUUAACCUCCGGCUCUUCCAGCGGCCGUCGCUCCGCCUCGGCCAGUUCAGUGAUUUCAUUGGUGAACGUGAUCCGGGGCCUUCCAGCGCUCACCAAUCCAGAAGUAGGAGUGAUAGGGUCAGGCGCGUGCCGCGAGAAUAGAGUGGACGGAAAGUCGGAGAGACCGAAAGGGUUGGGGGUGGGAGUAGCGGAUUAGAAGCACUUGUUGGCCUACCCAGGCGUGGGAAGCAGAGUGCAUCAAAACUCAGGCGUGCUGCCCGCCGCCGGAGUCCUGCGAGGGCAGAUAGCUAGGGUGUGGCCCUUAUCUGCACCCAGCGGAGCGCCGGCGGGGUACGGUCUUAGGACCUCGACCUCCUCCCUCAUUUUCUCUCAUCCCUACCUCUUGUGGGUUUCCCCAUGGGCCGGACCGUGGUCGUGCUGGGCGGAGGCAUCAGCGGCUUGGCCGCCAGUUACCACCUGAGCCGGGCCCCCUGUCCCCCUAAGGUGGUCCUGGUGGAGGGCGGUGAGCGUCUGGGAGGCUGGAUUCGCUCCGUUCGAGGGCCGAAUGGCGCUAUUUUUGAGCUUGGACCUCGGGGAAUUAGGCCGGCGGGAGCCCUCGGGGCCCGGACCUUGCUCCUGGUGAGAGGCUUGUGGGUGUCCAGGAGAGGCGGGGGAGAGGCUUUCACUGGGGAACAGAGUUCAGGAGAGGAAGCAUGUUUGGUGGGUCAGACCUUCCCUUAGUCUCUCCUCUUCUGAGGGCAUGUGGAGAGCAGGUUUCUGAGCUUGGCUUGGAUUCAGAAGUGCUGCCUGUCCGGGGAGACCACCCAGCUGCCCAGAACAGGUUCCUCUACGUGGGCGGUGCCCUACAUGCCCUACCCACUGGCCUCAGGGGGCUACUCCGCCCUUCACCCCCAUUUACCAAACCUCUGUUUUGGGCUGGACUGAGGGACCUGACCAAGCCCCGGAGCAAAGAGCCUGAUGAGACUGUGCACAGUUUUGCCCAGCGCCGCCUUGGACCUGAGUCCCAGUCUCACCCUCAAGGUGGCGUCUCUAGCCAUGGACAGUCUCUGCCGUGGAGUGUUUGCAGGCAACAGCCGUGAGCUCAGCAUCAGGUCCUGCUUUCCCAGUCUCUUCCAAGCUGAGCAAACCCAUCGUUCCGUAUUACUGGGCCUACUGCUGGGGCCAGGGCGGACCCCACAGCCAGACUCAGCACUUAUUCGUCAGGCCUCUGCUGAGCGCUGGAGCCAGUGGUCACUUCGUGGAGGUCUAGAGAUGUUGCCUCAGGCCCUUGAAAUCCACCUGACUAAUAGGGGGGUCACUGUUCUCAGAGGCCAACCAGUCUGUGGGCUCAGCAUCCAGGCAGAAGGGCGCUGGAAGAUAUCUCUAGGGGACAGCAGUCUGGAGGCUGACCAUGUUAUUAGUGCCAUUCCAGCUUCAGUGCUCAGCAAGCUGCUGCCCGCUGAGGCUGCACCUCUGGCUCGUGCCCUUAGUGCCAUCACUGCUGUGUCUGUAGCUGUGGUAAAUCUGCAGUACCGAGGAGCUCAUCUGCCUGUCCAGGGAUUUGGACACUUGGUGCCAUCUUCAGAGGAUCCAGGCGUCCUGGGAAUUGUGUAUGACUCAGUUGCUUUCCCUGAGCAGGAUGGGAGCCCCCCUGGCCUCAGAGUGACUGUGAUGCUGGGAGGUUCCUGGUUACAGACGCUGGAGGCAAGUGGCUGUGUCUUAUCUCAGGAGCUGUUUCAACAGCGGGCACAGGAAGCAGCUGCCACACAAUUAGGACUGAAGGAGCUGCCGAGUCACUGCUUGGUCCAUCUACACAAGAACUGCAUCCCCCAGUAUACACUAGGUCACUGGCAAAAACUAGAGUCAGCUAGGCAAUUCUUGGCCACUCACAGGUUGCCCCUGACUCUGGCUGGAGCCUCCUAUGAGGGGGUUGCUGUUAAUGACUGUAUAGAGAGUGGACGCCAGGCAGCAGUCAGUGUCAUGGGCACAGAACCUAACAGCUGAUCUCCAGCUCUCACUCAUGAAAAUAAAAGUUGCUGGAGCUUG